UCCGUCUUCCGGCCGCGCGAGUCCCCGCUGGCCAUGGCCCCGCUGCGCUUCUCGGCCAACGUGUCGUGGCUCUUCCCCGAGCUCCGCGAGCUCCCGGCGCGCCUCCGGGCCGCGGGCCGCGCGGGCUUCGAGGCGGCCGAGGUGGCCUGGCCCUACGCGGAGCCGCCCGAGGAGCUGGCGCGCGCGGCGCGGGGCGCGGGGCUGCAGCUGGUGCUCAUCAACACGCCCCCGGGAGACCGAGAGAAAGGGGAGCUGGGGCUGGGCGCCGUGCCCGGGCGGCAGGCGGCCUUCCGAGAGGGCCUGGAGCAGGCCGUGCUGUACGCCAAGGCGCUGGGCUGCCCCAGGAUUCACCUGAUGGCCGGCCGAGUGCCCCAGGGGGCUGAUGCAGCGGCUGUCAGGGGUGAGAUGGAGGCGGUGUUCCUGGAGAACCUGAAGCACGCCGCUGGGGUUCUGGCUCAGGAGAACCUCGUGGGACUGCUGGAGCCCAUCAACACCCGUGUCACAGACCCCCGAUAUUUCCUGGAUACGCCCCAGCAGGCGGCUGCCAUUUUACAGAAGGUCGGAAGACCCAACCUCCAGUUACAAAUGGACCUAUUCCACUGGCAGAUCAUGGAUGGGAACCUGACGGAGAACAUCCGGGCGUUCCUGCCCAUCGUGGGGCAUGUGCAGGUGGCACAGGUGCCGGGCCGGGGGGAGCCUGACAGCCCUGGGGAGCUGAGCUACCCCUACCUGUUCCAACUCCUGGAGGAUGAGGGCUACAGCGGCUUUGUGGGCUGCGAGUACCGGCCUCAAGGAGACACAGCAGAGGGCCUGAGCUGGCUCCGAUCCUACUGGGAGAAGCGGGGCUACCCCAGGCCUGGGCAGUGAGCUGGGCAGCCGGAGUCCCCGAAAUAAAGACAAGCGGCCG